GAGCAAAGGAGCUGGCCUAUGGUUACAUGACCAAGGGGGUAAAAACAGGCACCCUUGCCCUGUAGCACAGGUUUUUCCUGCACCACUGUGAACUCUGGAUUUCCUCAAAGGGAAGAGACAAUUUUAAUGAAAAAGAAGAGCUAUGAAUGUAACUUAAUGUUUUGUUGUUGUUGUUUUGAACACAAAUUGGGGCCACACCUCAGUGCUGAUCAUACCUCCCCGACCGGAAAAGUGCGGCCUUAUGAUUCAUCACCAGCGGCACGUUUUGUGCCCUCCAUGGCUUGGAGCUCUUCUGCGGAACCGGCUGUCACAACAUUGAUCAUGCUCUUAUCAGGCUAUAUCCUGGCUGCAGACCUCAAUCACUAACCUGUCCGACUUGUUUCCUUUCUUGAUGCCAAUGACUGUCAUUAUUUUCCAGCUUCCGAGCCUUGACUUGGCUGAUAUAGAUCAGAUGGUGACUGGAUAGAAGUUGCCCCAGUCCUGGGUCCAUGAUGUAUGCACCAGUUGAAUUUUCAGAAGCUAAUUACCCUCAAGUUGAGUACCAGAGAAGACAGCAACAAUAUUGGGACCCUAUCCGACUAGCUAUUUUCACAUUGGUAAUAGUAGCAAUCAUAGGAAUUACAAUUGGCAUUGUUGCUCAUUUUGUUGUUGAGGAUGAUAAGUCAUUUUAUUACCUUGCCUCUUUUCAAGUUACAAACAUAAAAUACAGAGAAAGUUAUGGAAUAAAAACCUCAAAAGAGUUUACACAAAGGAGUCAUCAGAUUGAGAGAAUGAUGUCUAGGAUAUUUCAACGUUCUUCGGGAGCAGGUCGGUUUGUCAAAUCUCAUGUUAUCAAAAUAAGUCCAGAUCAAAACGGUGUGAACAUUCUUAUGGUGCUCAUGUUUCGAUACCCAUCUACUGGGAUUGCUGAGCAAAUUAGGAAAAGAAUUGAGAAUAUUUUAUAUCAAAAUCUGAAGACAAAGCAGUUGCCUUUGACUAUAAACAAACCAUCGUUUACACUCACACCUAUUGACAGCAAAAAGAUGAGGAAUCUUCUAAACAGCCGCUGUGGACUAAGGAUGACAUCUUCAAACUUGCCAUUACCAGCACACACUUCUAUAGAAAGGAUUGUCCAAGGAAGCGAAACAGCCAUGGAAGGAGAGUGGCCUUGGCAAGCCAGCCUCCAGCUGAAAGGGGCGGGACAUCAGUGCGGAGCCACCCUCAUCAGUAACACGUGGCUCCUCACAGCAGCUCACUGCUUCCGCAAAAAUAAAGACCCAAGUCAAUGGAUUGCUACUUUUGGUAUCACUAUAACGCCACCUUCAGUACAACGAAAUGUGAGAAAAAUUAUUAUUCAUGAAAAUUACCGGAGAGAAACAAAUGAAAACGACAUUGCUUUGGCUCAGCUCACUCCCCGAGUUGACUAUUCAAAUGUAGUCCAGAGAGUUUGCCUCCCAGAUGCAGCUACAAAGCUGCCACCUAAAGCAAGUGUAUUUGUCACGGGGUUUGGAUCCAUUGUAGAUGAUGGACCUACACAAAAUAAACUUCGGCAAGCCAGGGUGGAAACCAUAAGCAGUGAUGUGUGUAACAGAAAGGAUGUGUAUGAUGGUAUGAUAACUUCAGGAAUGUUAUGUGCUGGAUUCAUGGAAGGGAAAGUAGAUGCAUGUAAGGGUGAUUCCGGUGGACCUCUGGUUUAUGAUAACCAUGAUAUCUGGUACAUUGUUGGUAUAGUAAGUUGGGGACAAUCGUGUGCUCUCCCCAAAAAACCUGGUGUCUAUACAAGAGUGACUCAGUAUCGAAACUGGAUUGCUUCAAAGACUGGUAUCUAGUGUGAAUUGUCCAUGAAUUAUAUCCAUGACACAAAAGUUAAAACUCCUGCAUAUUGUAUAUUGUUCAUAGUUAUGUGGUUUGGAUCGGUGUUUUUGCUGGAGGUCAAGAAGUCCUUCAGACUCAGACCAAUCCAAUAUUACGAGGUGGCCUCUGUGACCAAACUCUCUUUCUACCCUGAGGGAAGAAGACACGGGGAAUGAUAGGUAGCACUAACUCCUCACUCAGAAGGGAAACUGUAUUACUUAUUAAUAUGCUGAAUAUUUAUAAGUGGUUUUCCUCAAUGGAAGAUGAAGACCAUCAUUUUCCACAGGAUAUGAAGAGCUUCUGGGGCUGCCAAAUUCUUACCUCCUAUAAUACUUGGAGCACUUGGAAUUCUUCUCGCAAAAAAAAAAAAAAUCAAACAACAACCUUCCCUAAGGAUUCAUGGCUUCAAUAUACCAGCACUGAUGAUUGGACAUUCAAUGGCUAGAAUGGAGAAGCAUAGGAUUUGCAAUAUAACUUGAACUCUAACCUGGGCUUCUAAAUAAUAAUAGAGCAUUAUCAUUAACCACAAGAGUUGCCAUUUAAAAAAGCUUUAAAUGUAUUUGAACUUGCAUUGUUUUAUACACAAAAGCACUAACUGCAGGAUGUAUGUUGUAUUGUUAGCAAGCAUUUCUGAUUUAUUUUUUAAUAGCAUCAUCAGUUAGUGUCAAACCAGAAUGGAGAAUAGAAAAGACUCUUGGGAACAUUUUUUUCAUGGGUGCAAGGAGGAUGAAAAGAACUGAUGAGACUUAGGCUAGCAGAGUUGGUGUCAAAUUAUUUAGUAACAGGACAAACACUCUAGAUUUUUGAGGGAAUGAUCUAUCCAAUUAUUUAUUUAGAAACACCUACAUUAAUAUAUGGUAACUGGUGCUCCUGUAAGUCUUCAGCUAUCUGAUAGGUCACAUGUCAAUCAGAAUGUCAGGUUGGGAGAGCUGAUUUGUAUAAAGCACUUAGGACAGUGCCUGGUAUACAUCACAUACUAUAAAAUGUUUCCUAUAAUGGAAAGAAAUGCUUCUGUGAGUUUUAAGAUACGUUAAUGUAAUUUGUCAGAUGAAUGAAUGACUUUGGGGCUUAACACAGACCAAAAUCUAGUGGUGGAAAGUGUAGGCUUUGCAAUUAGGCUGCCUGAGCUUGAAGACUGGCUGUGCCUCAUCUGAGCUGUUUAUCCUUGUACAGGUUUCUUAAUCACUGUGCAUUAGCUCUUUCAUCUUUAUGGAGGCAGUAAAAAUGGUGCCCACUCAUGUGAUUGUUGUUAGGAUUAAAUGCACUAAUAUGAGUAAAUAAAGCACUUGGAACAGUGUCUGCACACAGUAGACCAAUAGUAUGAACUACUAUUAAUUAUUCAUGUCCUUUGGACUCAAUAAAAAAAUACACUUUUCAAAAACUGCUCCUUGCAUUUUAAAAGUCAUUUAAUCAAUUUCAAAAUACUUUAAAUCACAUUGUAAAAAAAAUUAGGUGCCACUAGAUUUUCAAAAUCACAUUUUAUGUCUCACUAAUAUAUUUUGAACCAUGUCUGCCUAUAGACUUGGUUCAAAAUAUAUGCUGCAUGGCCAUCUGGCCUCAGGGUUAUAACUACAGAGUAGCUGGAUUCAUUUCCAGGCCUCCAAUGUGAGACCUCAAGUGCUGGAUUUGUUGCUCUGAUUUAUCAGGGAAAAAUGUAGCCUGCCUGUUUCUUUAAUGACUGAAAGUUUUGUUAAUUUAUCUGUAUGUGUUUAUAUGUAAUACAUGUAAACAAGAUAAAUAUAAAAAAACUCCUACUUAAUUGCAUCUCAAUAUUAAGAUAUUAUAAACAGAAAAGGAUCAUCUAUCUAUACUUUCCUUUUAAAAAGAAAAUGACACCAAAUUUUGGAGUUAAUGAAGACUAAUAACUAAAUAUCAACAGAAAAAGCAAAGUAAAAACUUAAAUCUUUACACUUUUUCUGUAUUCAGAGCUUCCUGGAGAAUAUUUAGCAUAUUCAAGAUAUGCUUGAUGGACGAUAGACCCUUUUUAUAUUAAAGCUAAACACAGUAUCUGGUAGAAAAA